AUGUCAAAAAUAUUCCAAAACAUCAAAGCCUAUAUCAUUCCAGUCAAGCUGAGCGAAUAUGAGGUUGGAGCAUACACUCAUUUAAUAGAGAAAAAUGGCGGCAAAAAGUGUACUAAACAAGGUGAAUCAACACACAUUUUUACCGUACUAAAGUCCUCCGCAAGAAUCAGUAGAAAUGUAGAGAAUCAUCAGGUGCCUGUGAUUGAUAUACAAUGGAUUCGAGACUGCGAUAAAAAUCAGCAAUCACUACCAUUAGAGUCAUACACCAUCAUCACUGAUAGAAAGAAAUUACGUUCCUCUGAUUCAGAACAUGAUGCUCUUGUACCGUCAUUGUCUUCACCAACUCCAUCCACAGCCACCACCUCCAUCUCAUCCGGAUCAAAUGCGGAAAUAUUGAAUAGGAGAUUCAAGGACUUGCCACCAGAAGAUCUUCAGUUUAGCGAUGAGUCUGACAGUAACAUAAGAGGAGAAGGAGAAAAUGUCGACCUUGCACCUGGCUUUAUCAAUACCAAGUACGAGUGUCUUCGGCCAACACCAUACGAGCCUAAACACAACAAGAAGCUGGUUUCGCUUCUUUUACUAUUAGAAAGAAAGAGACAAAUGGAUAAUGAGCUAAAGAGAUCUCUGAGCUAUCGUCACGCAAUUUCAGCGAUCAAGGCAUACCCUCGAGAAAUUCAAUCAUCAAAAGAAGCAGAGAAAAUUAUUGGCGUUGGAUCGAAAAUGGCCGAAAAGAUCAAAGUGUUUCUACAUACAGGCACCAUAGAAGAAGCAGAUCAGCUAAGAUACGACGAAGAGUUUAGGACACUCAGUUUAUUCAACAAAGUGUUUGGUGUGGGUGUCACAACUGCUAGACUUUGGUGGGAUAUGGGAUACAAAACGCUGCAAGAGGUGCUCGAUAAGGCAAAGCUGACUGCAACCAUCAAAUUGGGUAUCGAGUUGUUACCUGACUUUGAUCAAAUGAUGAGUCAAGAGGAUGUCAAAGAGAUUGUUGAUAUUGUCACAAAGGAAGUCGUCUCGAUUGAUAGUGAAUGCUUUGUUGUACCUGUGGGUGGUUAUCGACGAGGAAAGACCAAGAAUGGAGAUGUGGAUCUCAUCAUUUCUUCCAAGAAAGCAGAAAAUAUGAUAGGCUUCUUGAACAAAUUGACACAACGGCUCAUUGAAAAGAACUACCUCAAGCACAAACUAUGGCAUUCCACAGAAAUCAAGCAACUAAACCAUGCAGAAAGACCAUCGGUAGGCGGUAGACAACAUUUUGAUCAUUUUGAAAAGUGCUUUUGUGCCUUUCUGCAACCAUCUACAGGCAUUCAUCGACAAGUGGAUUUGAUCUGUGUGGUGAAUCCGGAUGAGCUGGCUACUGCUAUCUUGGGCUGGACUGGAUCACGGCAAUUUGAACGAGCCAUUCGAGAUUAUGCAAAAAAGGAGAAGCAUAUGUCACUCAAUAGCCAAGCCAUUCACUUUGAACAGAACGGGAAGAAGAAAAGAUUUGUUGUUCAUUCGGAAAAAGAUGCGUUUGAUAUUAUCGGCGUGCCAUACCUCGAGCCAGAACUUAGAAACUGUUAA